AUUAAAUGUAAGUUUUAUGCUUUAUUUUCCAGUUUUUUUAUGAAUACAUUUUUCAUUUUCUGUAUAAAAGUAUGUUAUCUCUACUUCAUGGCAAAGAGGUGGCAUCAGUUAAUGUAUUUGUAGAUGGUAGCUGCGAUGAAAACUUGAAGAUUUUGCUGAUUCGAGAGCUAGAUAGAAAAAGAGAACGUGUUUUGGUUUUAUGUUACAGCUCAUUACCUUCCUACUACAAAGAUUUUUCAGACAAAUACAUAUUUUAUGAUGGGUUUUCUGACCCUCUUAAUUGGGAAGCUGGUAUGACUAGUUUAAACAAACUUGAAGAUAUCCAUGGUUUUAUUAGCCAGUAUUCUUCUCAAAACUCACUGCUUGUUAUUGAUAAUCUUGUAAUAUUUGGGAGAUCUAUUGGUUGCAUUGAUAAUAAUGGUGAAUGGAAGGGUUUGCUGAACAUACUGUGUGAUCUCUCAAACAGAAUUCCCAUAAUGGUAUUUAUUGAUCCUACUUUAGCAGAUGAAUCCAACAUAAAGAUGUUAAAACAUAUUGCUCAAUUUAGUGCUGAGCUAUUAGAAAAUCAAAACAGCUUUACUUGUAAAUCUAUAAUGAAAAAAAAAACAGGCAAAGUUAUUGAAGAGAUUAAUUUGCUAACUAUGACUGGUAAUCAAUUAAUUGUGUCAAAAGACAAUACGCGUUCCAGUACUAGAAAAAUUGAGGAGGUUGAUCCAUCUUCAAAUCUUACUUUUAACUUAAAUUUAUCUUCUUCUGAAAAAGAAUUGCGUGCUAAAACAAAACUUCCUUACCUCUUCGAUCAAAAAACCAAAGAUUCUUACUUGAAUAGAGUAAACGAUUGCCCGGUUAUUUACCAACCAGACGAAGCAGAUGAUUUUGAUGAAGAAGAUCCAGACGACGAUCUAGAUAUAUGAAAAUUAAAAUAAUGGCAUCAGUGGGGUGUUGAUCAAGAUCAUUUUCAGCAAUGCUAAGUUUAAAGAGUAUUCUUUAAGUUAGCUGUCUCAAAAAGUUCUGGGAUAAUUUAAUGUAUAGUUUAUAUAAAAAGUUGUAUUCUUUACAGUCAAAUUUUAUUCAAAUAAUUUUAAAAACCAUU